AUGCUCCUUCACGGCCCCGGGAAACUCCAACGCCAGCGUUCAGUAGCAGCUGUGGGCGCCGGCGAAGCAAGUGAGCUGCUCUUCAUCGCUGACUCGUCGUCAAGGAGACGUUUAAUGGUGGACUCCGGUUCGCAAGUCAGCCUGUUACCUGCCACGGACGCGGACAGGGCGACAGGUGGCUGCGGGCCGCUGCUGAAUGCCGCCAACGGCUCGUCGAUCGACACUUUCGGCUCCAGGUUGGUGACUGUGUGCUUUCAUGGACGCAAAUUCCAGUGGUACUUUAUCAUCGCCGCCAUCACGCGUUUGCUGGCGGAUUUUCCGUCAUUAAUCACUCCCGCUUUUUCCACCGCGGACACUAAGCACGGUGUCGAACGUUUCAUUCCCACGGUGGGCCCGCCAGUUUUUGCGCGCGCGCGCCGUCUUGGUGCGGCUAAAUCGACCAUUGCUAAAGAGGAGUUUGCUACUAUGGAGCGUUUAGGCAUCGUUAGGCGUUCUAAUAGCCCGUGGGCCUCGCCCUUGCACAUGGUGCCCAAGUCAGACGGUUCCUGGCGGCCUUGUGGGGAUUUUCGCCGCCUUAACAACAUCACAACGCACGAUCGCUACCCUAUUCCGUACAUCCAGGACUUUUCGGCGUGCCUGGCUGGCGCCGCCAUUUUCUCGAAGGUAGACUUAGUUCGUGGUUACCACCAGGUGCCGGUGCGUGCCGAGGACGUGCCCAAGACCGCACUCGGUUUAGAUUUUUCGGGAAUGGCCGCUGACCAGCCCGACGACCCCGACAUCCGCGCACUCAAAACUGACGGUACAGCGCUAGUGCUCGAGGAGGUGGUAGUUCAGGAUGGCGGUCCCGCCCUCCUCUGCGAUGUUUCCACUGGCCGCCCUCGGCCGGUUGUCCUGGUAGACUGGCGCCGCCGGGUUUUUGACGCAAUACACUCCCUGUCGCACCCUGGCGUUCGGGCUUCCGUCAAGUUGGUUGGCGCCCUCGAACCAUUUCCGAUUCCGGUCAGGCGGUUUGACCACGUGCAUGUAGACUUAGUUGGCCCCCUCCCUCCGUCGCAGGGUUAUACACAUUUGCUAACGAUGGUAGAUCGUACCACCAGAUGGCCGGAAGCAGUUCCUCUUUCCUCCACUGCCUCGGUAGACGUUGCUCGCGCGUUUCUGUCAGCCUGGGUUGCACGUUUUGGCACGCCGUCUGAUAUCACCUCGGACAGGGGAUCCCAGUUUGUGUCGGAGUUUUGGUCAGCGUUGGCCCAGUCCUUGGGUGUGCAGGUGCACCGUACUACAGCCUACCAUCCCCAAGCUAACGGCUUAUGUGAACGUUUUCACCGGUCGCUUAAGGGGGCUUUGCGUGUGGCGCUCGUUGAUAGCAAUUGGAUUGACCGUUUACCUUGGGUUAUGCUCGGGUUGCGCUCAGCCCCUAAAGAGGAUCUUGCAGCGGCCCCCGCUGAAUUGGUGUUCGGUCAGCCACUACGCGUUCCGGGGGAAUUUUUACCUGAGGGUUGUACCCCGCGACCGUUUCCCUUUUUGUCGAGGGGGUCCUUGGCUCCCGGCCCGAUUCACCACUGUUUCCCUAAGUCGUUUGUGCCAUCGGAGCUUAAAUCUGCCCGUUUUGUCUUCGUACGUCACGACGCCCAUCGUUCGCCCCUCCAACCGCCUUACGAUGGCCCAUUUAGGGUGCUGGAACGCGGUCCUAAAAACUUUGUGCUGGAUAUGGGCGGGCGCAGGGAAUGCGUUUCUCUGGACAGACUUAAACCGGCGCAUUGUGUUGCAGGUGAAGAGAUACUGCCGGGCCAAGUCCCCCGCCGAGGUCGCCCCCCAAAAUCUGUUCGGGUUGAAUGUCUUUCGCCUCUCCCGGACCCUGAUGUUUGUUCUGCUCCACAAGGCACACCCGCUUCGCGGGAUGGACAUUGUAGCCGUUACGGCAGGCGAGUGAGGCCCCCUGACAGGUUUUCUUUUUCCCCAUAACUUGCUGUCUGGGUGUUCGGGGGGGGAGGCUGUGUGGCGGGCACUAGGACCAUGCUCACACUCAGCAGAAUGGGUGUGGUUUUAUGUACCUUC